UCCAUGGAAACCACUUUGAGAUUUUCACUGCACAAAUAAAAAGCAUCAUUGCUGGCAACAGUACUGCUUGAUACCUGCAGUACAUAACAUGCCUUUUUAACGAUGUGCCUUUUAUUUUUUAAAGGGCUUUCCUAUGGUGUCCAGCCAACGGCACGCCAUGGGCAACGGUUCGAUCAAAACCCCGCGACUGGAGGAGAGCUGCAUGGCCUCCAGCCUGAAGGAACCGGCGGCCUGGGAGGCAGAGGCGGCGGCGGAGCCCCUGAAAGCUCGCGUGGCGCGCCUGGAGGAUGAGCUGAGCCAGCGGGAGGAGCAGCUGCGAGCGCGGGAGCAGGAGCUGCGCGCCCUGCGGAAGGAGCUCGCCGCCAAGGUGUCGCAGAUCGACAAGCUCCAGGACGCCAUCGGCUACAACAGCCUGGGCCGGUCGCCGCCGGCCCCGCUGCGGCCCAGCCGCCGGCUGCUGAGCGUCAUCAACCAGGGCCCCAGCCGCUUCCACCGCGUGGCCGUGGAGGUGCACCGCCGGCUCAAGGCCAAGGAGGGCGUGUCCGCCGAGCCCACCUCCGCCCGCUACUGCGGCGGGUUCAAGGCCCAGCACCUGUCCUUCGAGCGGGCGCGCGUCCGCAAGGACUCCAGCACCAAAAAGCUGAUCAACGAUGCCAUCAUGAACAACGACUUCCUGAAGAAGCUGGAGCCCCAGCACAUGCGGGAGAUGGUGGACUGCAUGUACGAGAAGAUCUACACCGAGGACCAGCUGGUCAUCCAGGAAGGGGAGCCGGGGAACCACCUCUACGUGCUGGCAGAUGGCUUGCUGGAAGUCAUACAGAAUGGCAAGUUACUUGGGCAGAUGCGUACGGGGACAGCAUUUGGGGAGUUGGCCAUACUGUACAACUGCAAGAGGACCGCCUCAGUCAAAGCCGUUUACCAGUCCCAUAUCUGGGCCCUGGACCGACAGAUGUUUCAGAGCAUCAUGAUGAGGUCCACACAGGCCCGAAAUGAAGAAUACUUCAGCUUCCUGCGCAGUGUGUCUCUACUAAAAGACUUGCCAGAGGAGAAGCUUUCAAAGAUUGUUGACUGUCUGGAAGUGGACUACUUUGAUGAAGGGGAAUACAUCAUCCGCGAGGGAGAAGAAGGGAACACAUUCUUCAUUAUAGCCAAAGGACAGGUGUCUGUCACACAAACCACAGAGGGCUGCCUGGAGCCCCAGGAGAUAAAGACUCUGGGCGUAGGGGACUACUUUGGGGAGAAAGCGCUCAUCAGCGAGGAUGUCCGCUCGGCAAACAUCAUCUCCAAGGAGAACGACACGCAGUGCCUAGUGGUGGACAGAGACAACUUCAACCAGAUGGUGGGGACGUACGAGGAGCUGCAGGCCUACCUGAGGGAGUACGUGGAGCAGCUCUCCCGCGGCGACGAACAGAGGAACGCGAUGCCCCAGUCCCCGCAGGUGGACACCUCUCCUGAGGGCCGGGAGCUUCACAGGCUGCGGGAGAAGGUGCGCCACCUGCCGGCCGGCUCGCCGUUCCAGGAGCUGCAGGUGGUGGCCACCCUGGGCAUGGGAGGCUUUGGCCGGGUGGAGCUGGUGAAACUGAAGGACGAGGACACGACAUUUGCCUUGAAGUGCAUCAAAAAGAAGCACAUAGUGGAGACCAGACAGCAGGAGCACAUCUACUCUGAGAAGAACAUCCUGCAGCAGACUAAUUCUCACUUCAUCAUCAGGUUAUUCCGGACGUUCCGGGACGCCCGGUACGUGUACAUGCUGCUGGAGGCCUGCCUCGGGGGGGAGCUGUGGAGCACGCUCAGGGACAUGAGUUUCUUCGAGGAGUCCGUCGCUCGGUUCUGCAUCGGCUGUGUCCUGGAGGCCUUCGACUACCUGCACGGACGGGGGGUGGUGUACCGUGACCUCAAGCCAGAGAACCUGCUACUGGACAGUCACGGCUACGUGAAAAUGGCGGAUUUCGGCUUCGCCAAGAAGAUCGGCCUGGGGAAGAAAACCUGGACCUUCUGCGGCACGCCCGAGUACGUGGCCCCUGAGGUGAUCAUGAACAAGGGCCACGACUUUGGGGCCGACUGCUGGUCCCUGGGGAUCCUCAUCUUUGAGCUGCUCACGGGCAGCCCCCCUUUCUCUGGAUCAGACCCCAUUAAAAUCUACACCACGGUGCUACACGGGAUUGAGAAAGUUGACUUUCCCAAGCGCAUCAGCAAGCGACCGGAGGACCUUAUCAGAAGACUGUGCAAGCUCAACCCAGCAGAGAGGCUGGGGAACAAGAAGAACGGGAUCAUCGACAUCAAGAAGCACAAGUGGUUCCAGGGAUUCAACUGGGAAGGACUGAGACGCCAGAAGCUGACAUCCCCUCUAAAGAGAGAGCUGAAGGGCCCAUUGGACCACAGCCAUUUUGAUAUCUUCCCCCCUGAAGCAGAGGAACCCCCAGAUGAACUGUCUGGCUGGGAUAAGGACUUCUGAGACCCCUGGACACACACAUACAGUCCGACCCCAAGGAGGAGCUUUUACCUUCCAAUCCAGCACUUCUCUCAGCAACAUCUCAUUGGAUGAGGACAACUAUCAACCAACAUGGAUGAGACAAUGAGAGACCUAAACUGUGUCUGGGAGGACAACACACAAGGAUUUGAGGAGACGUCUUUUGAUACUUUCGUUCAGAGCAGAAGUGGGAGUGACGGGGAAAAGGGUAACAGAAUAUCACUCCAAGCACCACAGUGACAGGGACGACCCUCUUAGUGAAAGCUUUCACACAAUAUGUUUGUAUCAAAAUACCUAGCCUCAGGACACAGAGGGUAAGUAUUAAUCUGCAUCGGCAUGGUUACUGCAUUAAUCUGUAUCGGCAUAGUUACUGCAGCAUAGUUACCACAUUAAUCUGUAUCGGCAUAGUUACUGCAGCAUAGUUACCGCAUUAAUCUGUAUCGGCGUAGUUACUGCAGCAUAGUUACCACAUUAAUCUGUAUCGGCAUAGUAACCACAUUAAUCUGUAUCAGCAUAGUUAC